UUCACUAUCAACUAACACCUGCUAGCAGACCCGAUCGAUAUCGAACCUUCUCUACUGAGGAGCCCAAAGGCUGCUGGGACUCUGCUGUUGUUACCCGAUCGAUAUCGAACCUCCUCUACUGAGGAGCCAAAGGCUGCUGGUACUCUGCUGUUGAUGACGAGGCUCUAGGUCGUCAAGCUGACGAUAUCCUCCGCACGCGAGAAAGCACCUUCACCCUUACCAUCCCGCGCAUCUGUUUUAACCAUGGCUCCGAAGAGGAAGCUAUCGUUCAACCAGAUCGUCGGUCGCGGCCGCCAUGCUUCGGCACGGCAGGUUCCGUAUUCAGCACGUUCGCCCCGUGUCCGUCCCGCCCCUCUUCCCGCCCCGACUACUCAUCAGCCGGAUUUUAUCCCUCCGCCAACCUCCAGCGCUCCUGCCAUUUCUUGCAAGCGUCUGAAUGGGUACCGUCUGCUGCUCGAGCGAAUGCUACCUGCACCUAGAGAGAGGGAGGCCAUUGAAAAGAUGCGCAGCAACUUGAUCAACAUUCUGUUGAAGUUGAGUGUGUACUCUUUUCAUGGCCGGGAAGAGGACUUUCAGCCGAGCGGGAUCAUGAUUCCCGUCAAGGCGCUGUCGGAGACGGCGGUUCUCGGGGAGGACUUGCAGGAGAUGGCAAGGGAGUUGUGUGCCAAGUGGGAGGAGGGGGAUUUGGCACAGAGGUUACUCACUGCCGGCCCCGCACCGACCCCGGAGCCAGAGGAUGAGGAAGAGGCCGAUGGUGAAGAGGUGAUGGCACACCCUGAUCACGAGGAUGGGGAGGAUGAGAACGUCCCCCCACUCGAUGAUCAGACGGUGAUGCCCGUUUACGAGCAGAUGGUGGUAGGAGUAAUCCACCACAUCUCUCCAGCCGGCAAGAAGUAUCCCAAGUUGGCGAGCCCAGGACGUCCAGCUAACCGGUUCGGCCACAACGGCAUCGACCUAGGCACAUGGUGGCCACUGCAGAUUUGUGUGCGCCGCGAUGGAGCCCAUGGUGCGCCUGUUGCGGGCAUUUAUGGACAGUUAGAUGUCGGGGCAUUCUCGGUUAUCUCGUCGGGUGGCAGUGGGUAUGAGGCCACCGAUGAGGAUAACGGGGAUGUCCUGUUCUACUCUGGAACCAAUGGGUGGAAGGCCAACGGGGAUACGGGGCCUGUGCUAACGACGCACACGAAGGUGCUCAUGCGAAGCUACGAGAACCAACGGCCCGUACGGGUCGUCAGGGCUAAGGGAGCGAGCAAAUGGGCGCCGAGUGUUGGCUAUCGUUACGACGGUUUGUAUACCGUUGUGGAGCACGAGGUUGCCACGAGGAAGGUGAAGGGAACGAACGCGGAGGAGGGCUACUACCGCUUCAAGAUGGUCCGGUGUGAUGGUCAGGAGCCGCUAGUAGAUAUCCGCGCUCGGAGUCCGACGCUGGUGGAGAGGGCCGCAUACAAGAGGUAUGAGGAGCUUAGACCCUCCCUAUAUCAGUAGGGAGUGGUGGAAAGAAUCGCCGUCGACA